AUGGAGGAGAGCCAGCAUCGUGUGGUGAGACCUCAGAAGGCUAGUUUCUCUAGAGGUAGGAAUCAGAAGAAACCGUAUGCUAGACCACAACAGAGUGGUUUUGGAGGCUUGAAAUGCUACGAGUGUGGAGGUCCUCAUAUUAGAAGAAAUUGUCCGAGACUGACAGUGCACAAGCCUGAAGAGAGGAAAUGUUUCUCCUGUCAUAAGCCAGGACACUUUGCAUCUUCAUGCCCAGAUAGGAAGAUACCAGGAGGAGCAACACAGACACAAAAGUUUUCUAGAGAGAAGCCGAAGGCAGCAGGACGAGUCUUUGCUAUGACGGGGGCCGAAGCAUCUCAGUUAGGUAACUUGAUUCAAGACACUUGUUUCUUGAAUGGUAGAUGUGUUCAUGUUCUUUUUGACUCGGGUGCAACGCACUCGUUUAUAUCCUUUGCUUGUUUGGGGAAACUUGAAUUACCUGUGUAUGAUUUGGGGAGCGAGUUGGUGGUUUCUACACCAACAUCGGGGCAAGUCUUAACUAGUUCAGUCUGUAUUGGGUGUUCGUUAGAAGUGGCGGGACGCAAAUUCAAGGUUAACUUGGUGUGUCUACCACUGGAAGGCUUAGAUGUAAUUUUGGGGAUGGAUUGGUUGACGACCAAUGGUGUCCUCAUUGAUUGCAGUCAACAGAAGGUUAUUUUCCCAACAGAAGAACAGGUGCAAAUGAUUACCUCUCGAGAAGUUUUGCAAGAUAUCAAAGAAGGAGCAGUCUGUUUUGUGGUGAUAGCAACGGAGAAGAAAAAGAGUACAGAAGAACAAAUUGUGGAUAUCCCAGUAGUGGAGGAGUAUGCUGAUGUGUUUCCAGAUGAAGUUCCAGGUUUGCCACCUAGUCGGGAAGUUUAUUUCGCAAUCGACUUGAUACCAGGAGCUGGACCAAUUUCUAUGACUCCUUAUAGAAUGGCUCCGGCUGAAUUAACAGAGUUGAAGAAGUAG